CAGCGGCCGCCGCCAUGAAGAAGCAGUUCAACCGCAUGAAGCAGCUGGCCAACCAGACCGUGGGCAGGGCUGAGAGGACAGAGGUACUCAGUGAAGACCUGUUGCAGAUCGAGAGGAGGCUGGACACGGUGAGGUCCGUGUGCCACCUGGCCCAGAAGAGGCUGAUAGGCUGUCUGCAGGGCCAGCAUGGCACUGACCCUGACAAGAGACACAAAAAACUUCCUCUAACAGCUCUGGCUCAGAAUAUGCAAGAAGGAUCCAUCCAGCUGAGUGAUGAAACUCUGCUGGGGAAAAUGCUGGAUACCUGUGGGGAUGCAGAGAACAAACUGGCAAUGGAGCUCUCCCAGCAUGAAGUGCAGAUUGAGAGAGAAGUUAUAGACCCACUGUGCCUGCUGACAGAGACAGAGAUCCCAAACAUUCAGAAGCAGAGGAAGCAGCUUGCAAAGCUGGUGCUGGACUGGGAUUCUGCAAGGGGAAGAUAUAACCAAGCCCACAAGACUUCGGGAACAAAUUUCCAAGUGCAUCCUUCAAAAAUAGAAUCUCUUAAAGAAGAGAUGGAUGAAGCUGGAAAUAAAGUAGAGCAGUGCAAGGACCAGCUGGCUGCAGACAUGUACAGCUUCGUGUCCAAGGAGGGCGAGUACGCUCGCUGCUUUGUCACGUUAUUAGAAGCACAAGCAGAUUACCAUAGAAAAGCAUUAGCAGUCAUAGAAAAGGUCCUACCCGAAAUUCAAGCCCAUCAAGACAAAUGGACUGAAAAACCAGCUUUUGGAACUCCCCUGGAGGAGCAUCUCAAGCGCAGCGGGCGGGAAAUCGCGGUUCCGAUCGAAGCCUGUGUCAUGAUGCUCCUGGAAACAGGGAUGAGAGAGGAGGGCUUGUUCAGAAUUGCUGCUGGAGCUUCCAAGUUAAAAAAGCUGAAAGCUGCCCUGGACUGUUCCACUUCCCAGCUUGAUGAGUUUUACUCAGAUCCCCAUGCUGUUGCAGGUGCCUUGAAAUCCUAUUUACGGGAGCUGCCAGAGCCUCUCAUGACCUACAGCCUGUAUGAGGAGUGGACACAAGCUGCAAAUAUUCAGGACCAGGAUAAGAAGCUCCAAGAGUUGUGGAGGAUUUGUAACAGAUUACCUGAGCAUUACCGAGUUAACUUCAGGUAUUUAAUCAAAUUUUUAGCCAAGCUUGCCCAGAACAGUGAUGUUAACAAAAUGACACCGAGCAACAUCGCCAUAGUCUUGGGCCCCAACUUGUUGUGGGCAAAGAAUGAAGGAUCCCUUGCUGAAAUGGCAGCAGCCACUUCAGUGCAUGUGGUAGCAGUUAUUGAGCCCAUUAUUCAGCAUGCAGACUGGUUCUUCCCUGGAGAUGAAGAUUUCAAUGUGUCUGGGGCGUUUGUGGCAGUUCCUGCUGUUAAUUCCAAUCACUUGUCACACACUGGGAAUGACUUUGAAUGUGGGACCCUGGAGAGGAAGAGGCCUCUGAGCAUGACUGUGAUGGAAGGGGAUUUGCUGAAGAAGGAGAGCUUUGGUGUGAAGGUGCUGGACUUCCCCUCGACCCCGCGGCGGUGUGGCACUGUAAACAGAAAGCUCACAUCCCCCGCCUUCCAGCCGCCGCUGCCGCCCUGCGAGCCCCCGGGCGGGGCGGAGCAGCCCUGCCCGCCUGCGGGGGCUGAGCCCGGCCCCGGGGCCGGCCCUGCUCCCUCUGCUGCCCCCCCGGAGCAGCCCCAGGCUCCAGGCACUGAGGAUGCCAGUACCUCAAAAUCCAAGGACAGCACAUCUGCAGCCACUCCUCCUCCGGUGAGGAAUGGCCAGGCCAGCCCUGCCUCAGCCCCCAGCACCUCCCAGCUCUCUGUCACCCAGCCCCAGAACGCUGCUGGCCCCAGUCCCCACGCCCUGAGGAGAGCUGUGAAGAAGCCGGCACCAGCCCCCCCCAAACCAACCAACCCCCCCCCGGGGCAGCCAGGAAGCCAAAGCUCUUCCCCAGCUGCUCAGCCACCUUCCGUCUCUCCAAAACCCCCAGCCAGAAGCUCUUCUCCUCCUGCUCAACACGCAAACCAAGGAGCAGCCCAGACCUCCUCCCCUUCGCAGGUUUCUGCGCCUCGGAGAUAUUCCAGCAGCCUCUCCCCAAUCCAAGCUCCCCCCCCCCCCCCCCCCCCCCCCCCCCCCCCCCCCCCCCCCCCCCCCCCCCCCCCCCCCCCCCCCCCCCCCCCCCCCCCCCCCCCCCCCCCCCCCCCCCCCCCCCCCCCCCCCCCCCCCCCCCCGCCGCAGACCCCCACUCCCCCCGACACGCCCCCGCUGGGGAAGCACGCGGGCGCUGUGCCCCCCGAGCCCUGCCCGGCGCCCGGCGCACCUCAGAGCGGCACCCUGCCCCGGCCGCGGCCCGUGCCCAAGCCCAGGAACAGGCCCAGCGUGCCCCCUCCGCCUCACCCUCCAGCUGCUGGCGACGGCGCCGCCAACCCCGCGCCCACGGCGUCCAGAAUCGUCACAGACUCUAAUUCCAGUAUUCCAGAACCACUUGCAAACCCUCCUCCAGAGCUUCCUGCAGAGCCAGCGGGCAGAGAGCUGCACAACCACGUCCUGCUGGACAUCGACAACGACACGGAGAGCACGGCGCUGUGAGCGCGGCUGCCCCGGCCUCCUCUCCUGGGGGAAAACCUCAGACCUGACAGGGAACAGCUUCUUCUGGCAACCUGGCACAGCUGGCCACAGCUGGGACUGGAGCCUCGUGGGGACACUCGUCUCCAGCGUGGCUGAGCUUGGAGGAGACCUCUCCCAAAAUCGAGCCAACCUUUGGCCAAGCCCCGGGUUUCGCCCUCUGAAGAAGUUUAAUGAUCUGGGUCUGGACAACGGUUUUCAAACUCUUGGAUGGAAGGAAGGAAGGAAGGAAUUCCUGCAGGAACUCGGCUAGGAAGCGUGGUCAGUGCUGAUGCAGGUGGUAUUAGCAGAAAUUCCAACAGAAUAAGAAGCAGAACAUUAGUUAUUUAAAGUGCAUGUCUGUAUUAGGGAAAUAAUCCUUCUCUCAGCACGGUUAGAGGUUCUUUGUAGUUCUUAGCCCUACCAGGAGCUGCCUCCCAAGGGCCAUUCCCUCUCGGAUUUGCUGCAGAUUCCCCUGAAGCCAUGAACCAAACCCCUGCCCCAGUGCUGGUGGUGACUGCUGGUUCUCAGUCACCCUGUGGAACUGUGGAUGCAUCCAGUGCCUUGAAGGACUGUCAUGCUGUAGGAGGAACUUCUGUCUCUUUAAUCAUUUCAUUGCUACUUAGGAUCAGUACUUACCCUGAUUUCAUAGUUAUUUGUAUUAACCUGCUUUGUUCAUGUGCAACUGGCAACUGUUUCACGAGGAAACCGUGGAAAUGGGGUUUGUGCUUUUGUUGAAAACGGUUGAAUUUUGAAAGAACUUUGAAACAGCUGU